AUGAAAUAACGCGCCAAUAGGCGGGAAAUAUAACUCUCUCUUGCGCCGGUGACCUAAACCACCCCCCAGUGACAGUGUCAGUAUUUUCCGAUCUUCUAAUUUGAUCAUCACAAUAAGCAAUGGGCAUUAAGGGUUUAACGAAGCUUUUGGCUGACAAUGCACCGAAAGCUAUGAAGGAGCAGAAAUUUGAAAGCUAUUUUGGCCGGAAAAUCGCUAUUGAUGCUAGCAUGAGCAUUUACCAGUUUCUUAUUGUAGUGGGAAGAACUGGAACUGACAUGCUGACUAAUGAAGCUGGUGAAGUUACAAGUCAUUUGCAAGGCAUGUUUAGUCGGACGAUUAGGCUUCUUGAGGCUGGGAUGAAGCCAGUUUAUGUGUUUGAUGGUCAACCGCCGGAUUUGAAAAAACAAGAGCUAGCAAAACGGUACUCAAGGCGGGCAGAUGCUACUGCAGAUUUGGCUACAGCUGUGGAGACGGGCAAUAAGGAAGAUAUUGAGAAGUUCAGUAAGCGGACUGUGAAGGUGACGAAACAGCAUAACGAAGACUGCAAAAAGCUGUUAAGACUCAUGGGAGUACCUGUAAUUGAGGCCCCUUCUGAAGCAGAAGCAGAGUGCGCUGCUCUUUGCAAAUCAGGAAAGGUUUAUGCUGUUGCAUCUGAGGAUAUGGAUUCUUUAACUUUUGGAGCUCCUAAGUUUCUUCGCCAUUUGAUGGAUCCCAGCUCAAGAAAAAUCCCAGUUAUGGAAUUUGAAAUUUCAAAGAUUUUGGAGGAUCUGAACCUUACCAUGGAUCAAUUCAUCGACUUGUGCAUCCUUUCUGGAUGUGAUUAUUGUGACAGUAUUCGAGGAAUUGGGGGCAUGACUGCCUUAAAGCUCAUCCGUCAGCAUGGUUCCAUAGAAAAUAUUUUGGAGAACAUUAACAAAGAGAGGUACCAAAUACCAGAGGAUUGGCCAUAUGAGGAGGCUCGGCGACUAUUUAAAGAACCACUUGUCCUUCGUGGUGAAGAGGAACCAGAGCUUAAGUGGACCUCCCCAGAUCAAGAGGGGCUGAUAACUUUCCUGGUGACUGAAAAUGGGUUUAAUAGUGAUCGGGUGACAAAGGCGGUAGAAAAGAUUAAAGCAGCCAAGAAUAAGUCAUCACAAGGGCGCAUGGAGUCAUUUUUUAAGCCAGCUGCAAAUUCAUCUAUACCAAUUAAACGAAAGGAAACACCUGAUAGCAAACCCAAAGAAACUAGUACUAAUAAAAAGACAAAGGCUGGAGGUGGUAGGAAGAAGAAGUAACUAGUUUAGCACUGUAAUUUCAUCGAACGCAUGGCUGGUAAUCAGGUAAAAGCUACUGUUACUCAGGGAGCACUUGUUACGUCAGAGGAUAUCUUGCUCAGAUUUUCCAGAGGAUGCUUGUGUUGAAUUUAACAUUCACUGAUGCUAGUUAUUUCUGUUUGGAAUAGUCGUAUAUAGCACUGUUUCUUUAUAGUCCGGGGAUCUUGUAAUUCGGUAAACUAGAGUUUUUUGCUUCUGUUAUUGUAUUCAGACUGAAAGUGCAAAGUUUGCCCUAUGCUAUGUGAUAAUUAUUUGUCA